UCAUUCUCUCUCUAUAUGUAUAUUUAACCUUAUUAUUCCUUCAUCCUCACUCUUCACUUAAGAUUCUUUUUUAUCAAAUAUUUCUCUGCUGUUUCAACUUCUUCUUUUUAUAUAUAUUUUUUUAACUUUCCAGAAUUUAUAAUUCAUGGAUCUUAUUCCGGGUCUACCCGAUGAUAUCGGGCUAGAAUGUUUGAUUCGACUUGAUCAUACCCAAUUCCCAUCAGCAGCUUCCGUUUGCCGGGGCUGGAAAUCCGAAAUUGAACUUUCUUCAUUUCGGACCUAUCGGAAAUCCGCCGGUUUGUCCCGGAGGAUUAUCGUAAUGGUUCAAGCACAAACCGACCCGACCAGGAAACACGGGUUGCGGAAAUACUCAGCUGCACCGGUUUACCGUCUCACUGUUUACGAACCCGAUACGGGUAAAUGGGGCGAGUUGAACCCGAUACCCGGCUUCUCAAAUGGGUUGCCACUCUUUUGUCAGAUUGCUCCAGUCGGGUGUAACCUUGUGGUGAUGGGUGGGUUAAACCCAGAUAACUGGGAAACUUCGAAUUUUGUCUUUGUUUAUAAUUUUGUGUCUGCCACGUGGCGACGUGGGCCCGAUAUGCCAGGGUGUACAAGGUCGUUUUUUGGAUGUGCAUCUGAUAAUGAUCGGAGGGUGUUUGUAGCCGGCGGACAUGACAAUGAGAAGAACGCACUCCGAUCAGCGAUGGCGUAUGACGUGGUGGAGGACGAAUGGACCUCGCUUGCUGACAUGGCAGAUGAACGUGAUGAGUGUAAAGGUGUUUUCCACCGUGGCAACUUUUAUGUAAUUGGUGGGUAUAGUACUUCAAUGCAAGGGCAGUUUGGGAAAACUGCAGAGUGUUUUAAUUUGUCCACGUGGCAGUGGGAGGUAACAGAUAAUGACUUCUUGAGUGGUGACACGUGUCCUAGAACCUGUGUCAAUGGAGGGAAUGGCGUUGUGUAUAUGUAUCAAGAUGGCGCGGUUGUAGCACUUGAUCAUUCCUCUAGAAUCAGGAUCCCAAGCACGAUGGAUAGCGUGCCUUGUUUAAUCGGUUUGGAAGGUCAGUUGUUGGCCGUUGGAUCAGUCGGUUUUGGCAGAACCCAUGGAGUGUACACGUUGGAUUUGAAAAGCUCCACCUGGACAAAGGCGGAUGUGCCGGAAGUGUAUUCCGGCCAUGUUCAGUCAGGUUGCUGUUUAGAGAUAUGAAUAUCAGUUUUGUUUCUCAAAAUGUAAUAUACAAGUUAUAAUAGGUAUCAAACAAAGCUAUUGUCAUGUAACUUUGAUAGUGAAAUACCUUUCUAUUAUUCUUUUAA